GUUUGUACUGUAAAGGAUCUGACUGUCGGCGCUUUGUGCUGAAAGAGGUUGGACGUAGAGCGAGAUAUAAAAUAAGAGGAGCAAAUGUAUUAACCCUGUGGCAUCCAUAAUAGAAGGCCCAGAUGGCCACAUCCACAGAUCUGAAUUGGGAGGAAAACUUGAUUUCGCACUGGAUGUCUAAUGCUGCCCGUGCUGGAGUCAUACUAAAUCCUACUGUCCCUGGUUUGAAAACCACCAGAGCAAUCAGUACUGAAAGUGUCUCAUCAGAUCAUGGUAUUAAUUUGGUAUAUAGAUCAAGUAGCAUUUCUCCAAGUGAAAACACUAUGCACAAAGAGCAAAUACUGGACCCUAAAAGUUCUUUUGAGGAAAAAGUGAAUUCCUCCAAGAUACUUUUUUCAACUUCAGCUUCUAACAAGGAGCAAACAUCAAUGGUUAAAGAUGUCCCAGCUCAGUUGACCUCCACUGAAACUAAGCCUGGUUCUGAUCAAUUAGAUGAUCUGGAUGAAGGAUGCUGCACUGAAUUACUAUUACAAAAGCUGGAACAGCUGAAAGAAUUGCAACACCACAAGAAGGAACUUUUGAGAAGGCAGCAAAUGGAGCAAAUUCAGAGAUUAAUGGAAGAGCAACAAAACUUACUUUCCCUGGUUGCUGAGCAGCAGGAACACACUGGCUUUCCUGCAACCAAAGAUGAAGGAACCCAGAACUAUGCUGGAUCGGUUUGUUUGUCUCCUAUCCCUUAUUUUCCACUAUGUCACAGUAGAGGCAACACUGAUUGGGACAGUACAUCUCAUGUUUCUUCUCCUGUGGACCAAAGAGAUUUUUUACAAAAUUUCAACAAUAAUCAAAUAUUGAAGAAAAAUCAUUCUGCAGACCCUUGUUAUAAGAAUCAGUCUUUAGACAUGUCUUUGAAAGGAAACAAUGAAUUGAAAGUUGAAGACCAAAAUAUUAUUUCAGGCAGAACUAAACAAUCUCCAGAACAAAGUCUACAAGGAAGUAUAGAAGGAGACAGUGAUUGUGAAGAUCAAAGGAACGUGGAGGUCUCUAAAAAUCCGACUGCAGGGAAGUGUUCAGAAGCUGUUAAUGCAGAAGAAAGGCCUAUUGCUACUUGUUUGCAAGAGAGAAAGCAAACAUUUGAAGAAUUUCUAGAAGAGCAGAUACGGUUGGAGGAACAGAGGUUGAAUGAAAAAGCAAAUCUCAAGGUUGUUGAAAAAGCAGCAUUCCAGAAACCAGUUUCAAAGCAACCCUUUUUAAAACGAGGUGAAGGCUUAAAUAGAUAUACUAAUGCCAAAUAUAAAGUUGCCAAACAAAAGGAAAGUAAGACAAUUCUUCAGCCUGAUCCCUUAGAAAUUAAAAAUACACUUAAAACAGACAAACUGCAGCUUCAUCGGAAAACUGCCUCUUCAAAUAAAAUUUCUGACAAUUUUGUGCCUAAACCUGUACAUCAGAAUAUUAAAACAAAAAAGAAUUUGUCCUUUUCUGUUCGAAAGACAACAGGACUUAGAAAUUGCACUGGAAAAGGCAUUUCUUCAUCCACAAGGCAAAACUCUAAUGAAAUGAAACCAGAAGUACUGAGAAAUUCUCUAAGAUCAGAAGUAAAUGGGGAAAAAGAAAAGAAUAAAGAAAAUGUAAUGCCACUUGCCAAGCUGCAUGAAACUGAUGUCAAAUUACCAGCAGGAAAAGAGGCACUGUCGGAAGUAACUGAAUUUCUUAUAAAUCCAUGUGAAAAAGAUCAAGAGUUGUCUUUUGAACUUUCUUUCCAAAAAAAGUUGGGUAACUGGGAAGCUGAAAAAGAAAAAGAAAAAAAUGAAUUGGAUGAAUUUUUGUUUUUAGAGCAGGCUGCUGAUGAAGUAUCUUUCGCCAGUAACUCUUCACUCAUAAUAAGGAUCUUGGAUCAAGGCCAGCAAAUUUCCUCAGGGCAUAGACUGUCUUCUACUCCUAUUAAAUCAAGUUUGCAGGAGAAGCAGAUUAAUGUGUUAAAUGUCACAACUGCAGCUAACAUAAAUGGAAGAAAUGGGGUUUCCCAAGGAUCUAACCAUGAGAGGCACCAGGAUAGUUCCCAGGUACCAGAACCAUUCAUGGUUCACAGAAGUUCAGCUGACUAUGAAGCACUUCAAACUUCUUCCUCAGCCGAAUUUCAAGAUACUAAAAACACUGAAUUAGAUGAAGAUAAAUCUGAUGAAAGCAGUGAGAUGACGUCUGAAAGUGAAGAAGAAUUUGAGAUUACCAUAAAACCUGCCAAUGAGGGAGCUGAUAAGAUUACUUUGAAAAAGCAAAGCGGCUGUCCUGAAUUUUCAGAGUGCAAAGAACCAAUGGAGAGCACAGAGAGUGCUAAGAGUCCUGAUUCAAUGGAAAAAGACGGUGGCCAGUCUAAUGAGCUAUAUAGAGACGCUGCAUAUCCAAGUGUGUUCUGUAACGACAGAAAUAACUUUCAGUUUGAUGAUGAAAUCUCAUGGUCUGACUUUGAGAAUAGCAAUCUCUGUAGCAAUAUGGUUUCUAAAGUACAUCUGACGCCUGAUUGUUCCAAGACGCCUUUUCCUGAUAAAGUAAUAAAGAGGAAGAUUGCCAUGGUAAAGAAAGGAGAUGCUUUGCUAAAACAAAAUAUGGCCGUUAAUGAGGAAACUGAGCCUCCUACAUCAGCUUUGAUGCUAAAACUCUUUCCUUCCCUAAAACCUAAACAGAAGGUAGAUGCACAAUCAAGACAUGAGAGCAAAUCGAACAUGAUUCAGGAAGAAUCAAGUGGAGAAAGUGUGCGCUCACAGCUCUUGAAAGAGAAACUUGUUGAAUUGGAAAUGGAAAUUGAAAGGUUCAGGACUGAAAAUGCAUCCCUAUCAAAACUUAGAGAAGAGCAUGAAACUGCCCUGGAAAAACUUAGGAAAGAAAAAUCUGACUAUGAACACCAUAAAACACAACAGCUUGCUCAAAUAGAAGAACUUAAAAAAGAAGAAGCAAGAAAAUUGCAGAAAGAACGUAAAGUUUUUGAGAAGUAUGCACAGGCAGCUAGAGCCAUUCCAGAUAAAAAAGAACGUGAUGAAAUUCAGGCUUUGAAGCAACAAAUAGCAACAUUGCAGGAAGAUGUAAAAAAGAGAGAAACAAAAUGGUCAGCAACUCAUACUCGUCUGAGGGAUCAGAUUGAAGCCUUAACGAAGGAGAAUACACAACUGCGAGAAGAAAUCAAAAUUAUGGAAAGAUUCCGUUUGGAGGCCUGGAAGAGAAAAGAAGCCCCCACAAAGAAAAAGAAAAAUAGUAAUUCUGGUUACUCAGACAAGAAUGAAUCUAUACAUUUGCCAGCAUUGCCAAAAUCUCACAAUGGGUCUUCAAUGAAUCAAAUAGAAAAGAGCAGUAAAAUAAAUGUCAAAAGUGAUUUGCCAUCAGAAGAAAGCUUGUCACCAAAAUGUGAACCAGCAAAAGCAUAUGAAGCUGAUUUGGACAAAAAGAUAAAACCUGAAGAUUCCUCCCAAAUAUUUAUGGCAAAUUUUCCUGCUGAUGGAACUGUUGAAUCAUCAGCAGCAGUAACUUUUGAUUCUUCAGAAAGUGAAGAAGAAGUUGAGAGAGAAGCCAGUCAUCCUGAUGGAAAAGUUGAAAAAGUUUUAAAAAAUGGUUGCCAUCUUAUUAUCUUCCCUAAUGGCACAAGGAAAGAAGUAAGCUACGAUGGAAAGACUACAACUGUAACCUUUUUUAAUGGGGAUGUAAAACAAGUCCUGGAAGAUCAGAGAGUCAUAUACUAUUAUGCAGAUGCAAAAACUAUACAUACCACCUACCCUACAGGUUUAGAGGUUCUCCAUUUCUCAAAUGGACAGAUAGAAAAGCAUUUUCCAGAUGGAAAAAAAGAAAUUACAUUCCCUGAUCAAACCAUUAAGAAUGUAUUCACAGAUGGGCGAGAAGUAAAUAUUUUUCCUGAUGGCACCAUUGUCCACAUGCAACAAGAUGGAAGUAAGAUUAUAGAGUUCAGCAAUGGUCAGCAAGAAGUACAUACUGCUGAUUUCAAAAGACGUGAGUAUCCUGAUGGCACAAUCAAAACUGUUUAUGCUGAUGGACAUCAAGAGACUCAAUAUGCCUCUGGUAGACUAAGAGUUAAAAAUAAGAAUGGUGAUGUUGUCAUGGACACUCAUCCUUGAACAUUUUAUGUUUUGCUGUAUCUUAAUAUUUAUCAACAUUUCUUUGUUAUAUUUUCUAGAUGUUGUCUUGUUUGCAUAAAAAUCUAAAAGCUCUAUGUUUGUACACAUGCAAUAAACUUCCUAAUAAAUUAUUUUUAAAACUUAGAUGUCUAAUGCUUAUAUAUUACCAUUGCUGUACACAGCUUCAUCAGGAACAAAACCCACUUCUCUAAAAAGACUAAACCACCUUGUUCCAUCACUUCAGGGAUUAAUUAGCAGUUCUCUAAUCAAACUGG